AAAUGUGGAAUCCCAUUUCACUGGCUUCUCACACACAAUAAGCUCUCUUUCCUCUAAAACUGUCUCAAGACUCCAAAUACGAAAAUGGGUUUGCCUGAAAAUGAAUUUUAUGAGGAAUCUGAAGGUGAUUCCGUAUAUUCCGACGAUUCACACGAGGACCCGAGUUUCGAUGUUCUUGAUGAGACUCGGCUAUCUUUCUCAAAUCUCUCGCUAAAGAAGAAAACCAAAACCCGUAUUGUUAAGAGAACUAAUGAUGAAGAAGACGAACGCCCAGACGUGAUUGAAGCAGUUAUUCCUGAACUCAAUGAGGAGGACAGAAAAAUUUACGAAACGAUUCGGAAAAUUAUUGAAGGUCUUGUUAGUUUUACUAAAGGGACGAACUUUUGGAUUUGUGAUUGUGAUUUCGAGCAAAACUUUAUACUCCGAUUCGAUUCAUGUUGUUUUGGGAUUACGACAGAUGGUGGGGUGGAGAGACUGAAAGUGGAGCAAUGCAAGAUUUACUUAAGAAAACAUGGAUUGAGAUUGAGUGGCAACAAGGAGACUUUAAUUCUGAGGAUUAAGGAGCACAUUGAGAUUGUCGAUGGAGGUGGGGAGAAAAAGUAUCCGGCAUCAAGUUUUGUGUUGAAUUGCAAAGGUGAUGCUUGCACGGGAGAUAUUGUCAUGUUUGAACAGAACGUGUAUGAAGCGUUCAGUAUUGCAUCUCGUAGUGCGAAUGGUCCUCCUUGUGGCACGAGGAUUGUUGCCGGCCGUAUUGUGAAGGAGAGUUAUGGGGCCGCCAAGCAGCAACACACGUUCACGAUUGAAGUGUUGUGGAGUAAAGGAGAGAAACCACUGAACCCACUUCACCCUCUACUUAUCAAAGGCAGGAACCUAUAUAGAUUGAAAACGAUGAGACGGAAAUGGGAAGAUGAAGGCGAAAGGCAGAAAAUGCUGUCCGAAAAGCAUGCUAGAGGUGGUGCUGCUCGUUUGGAUAGAGAGGCACGCAUACAAAAGAAGGAAAUGCGAAAAGUUCACAAGCUGACUAGGUCAACACGAGAAGAGCACCUGAAAGCAAAGCAGGAAACAGCAAAAACUGGCCCUUUGCUGUAUUCUCUACCCAUAAAGCCCGAUAAAAGCAUCAAGCCAAAUUAUACGAAUGCAAAGCCUAAAUAUAUCUCAAAUGCACCUAUACUGCCACAAUAUAAUAUUCCUCAAAGACAACCUCUGUACGGUGUUAACUUUGUUUCUCCGAACUUCAGUAACCUUUACAGUAAACAAGACUAUAUUGAUACUAUCGUGAGGAAUCAUCAGAGCCAUUUUUCAAAUUUGAAUAAUUUCGUGAGCUCAACAAAGAAGAGGCUUCCAUAUAAAGAAAAUCAGGCACAUGGGCCCAUGAGGAGCUCGUCACAUGGGCUUGGUCACGAGCAAAAGCAGGCAUGCCGGUAUUAUGCUCAAGGAAGAUGCCACUUUGGAGAUAAGUGCAGGAAUUUGCAUGGAUCGGCUUCAAAUACGUCGUGAAGUUAUGAGUAUGACUCGUGGGCUUUUUGGUUCCCGUUCGUUGAGAAUAUGAUUUUGGAUUGUACCCAAAAAAAAAAAAAAUAUAUGAUUUUGGAGCCAAAAGCAAGAAGAGGCUACUCUUUUUUCCUUUUCUUUCAUUUUAUUUGUUACUUGCAUUUGCAGAUGUGAGGGGUUUAAUUAUGAUGAAAGAUUAAGAAAGAACAGUUGAGAUUCAUAUUUUCUUAACAAAAUGUUUCCAUCUUGAAUGUGGUACAUUGUAGAAGAAAUUCAGGAUGCUUUAUGUAGUUUCAGUUAACCUUGAGGGUUCUUUUGCAAAUAACAAUUAGCAUUGUAAUAACUUCUACUGAAAUUUACUUUAAU